GCCGGAAACUGAUUAUCGUAUAUGCAAGCCGACAACUACCGAUUCGCUUUUCUGUAUAAAAAAGCUAGGAGCAAUGAUGUUUCACUGGUUGCACGCAAGAUUAUCGUACCCUUGUCGGCGACCCCGCUCAUGUUCCCCCCGCACGCGCAGGCUAAUGGGUGUGGGACAGGACUGAUUGUGAUUGGUAUUUUUGAAAACUGAUAUCCGGACACCUUCUUUAACAAGAACGGUGAACUGCACGCUGGGGGCACGGCGAGUAUGUGCCAAUAUGGGUUGCAUCUCACGCUGCAUGUACCGACUGGCUGUCCGACCAAGUCCAGGUCCUCUUCUCUUCGCCAGAUACGACAAUAGAACAUCCAUAUGAUCGCUCCUUUUCAGUCGAAUUUAGAGCCCACACGAAUGGGUUACGCUUGUAAACAAUGGCACAAACUUUGUUGGAUUACCUUCGACAACAAAAUCCAACCUUGGGCCAGAUCCAUCACAAGUCUGGAAGUACCAACACGAAAAACUCCCAAUAUAAGGUGCCACAGCGUGUGGCAAGGUGGGAAGGUUUCGAUUCAGGCACUUUGCAAAAAAUGUACCCUAUUCUUCUUAAUCGGGUUCGGACCCGGGACGCUCUUGGAUUUCGGCCCGUCGAUUUGCAAGUAAAGGGUGAAAAUGGGGGUUUCUCGGACGUCGUAUACUGUUGGAAUCGGGAAAUAGUAGUAAGAGCCUUGGAAGAAACCAGGGAAUACAUUCGGCACGGCGACCUUGUUUACAUGGUACGCGGUGAAAAGGCAAGACAUCCCCAGGGGGCAACGAAAGGAUUUCGUCCCGACUGGGCAGCGAUUCUGUUGGACGCGGACGGGAAGGCAAGAGGAAGUUCGCCAACAAACUUUCUUCCUGGCGAAACGAAAUACAGCGAAAAGUGGAGAUCGGCAUGGGUCGAGGUAGGGGACUUCAAGCAUAUGUUCAAUUCUCAGAAUGAGCUACCAGAGUGGUUCAAACCUUUAGCUCAAGUAUUCACCUACUGUUACCAUCUGAAAACACGGUACGCGUACAUUAUAACCGACGAAGAGCUUGUCCUUUUCAGAGUUGGACCAAGCGAAGAUGGACCAGAACCUAGCCCAACAACGUGGCAAUGCGAGGUAGAGGCGUUGAGAUUCCACGGCAAGAUCGAAUUCGUAUCCGUGCCCUGGAUUAAUGGACGCAGUGAAGAAGGGGUCGAGCUCGGAGGUCCAAACGAAUUGUCCGUCAACACAGCUCUUUGGUGGAUCCAUCUGCAAGCAGCCCACAAGAACUCAAUAGAAUGGACCUACCCUUCUUUGGAAGAAGAAAUACUCGCAAUUCAGGACUCAUUCCGUCUAGAGGAUGAUGUAAUGUUCCCCCGAAAUGACUCCUGCGGCGCGAGUGCAGUUUACACGCCAACUGAACGAGCGGCCAGCGAUGCGAGCGACAUACUACCCAGCUUCGUGGUAGGGCAGGAAACCGCCCAGUUUGCGAUUCCUAGAAGCUCGGCUGCGAGUUAUGGACUGAGAUCGAGGAGGAGGAAUGCCGGUAGAAAUCAGGCCACAUCUUCGUUUGGCAGCGAUGCACCAAAUACAUCCUUCGUCUCGCAUUCUUCUAUAACAUCAAACAAGAAUAGAGUCAAAAAGCCGAAAGCAAAGAUAUCAAAACGGGGUCGCCCGGAGAGAUCGAAUUCGGGAAACAAUCGCGGAAAUAGCAAGAAAAGCUGA